CUCCUUCACUUUUUGUCACUUUGUCUUCAACCAAAAUUUUGCCUGAUAAUCACAAUGAUUUUACCUUGGAGAAAACGUAGAGCCAACAAGAUGAACAACAAGCAGUUGUGUGAUGGUUUGGAUGUGGAAGUCAUGAUUCCUACACACUUUCAAUGUCCAAUUUCUCUUGAUUUAAUGAAAGAUCCUGUCACGUUAUGCACUGGGAUCACCUACGAUCGGGAGAGCAUUGAGAGAUGGAUUGAAGCCGGCAAUGAAACCUGUCCAGUGACGAAACAAGUAUCAAAAACCUUUGAUCUGAUCCCAAAUCAUAUACUGCGAAGGUUUAUCCAAGAUUGGUGCGUUGAAAACCGUUCUCAUGGCGUUGAACGGAUCCCUACUCCACGAGUUCCAGUGUCCCCAUAUCAGGUCUCAGAAGCUUGUUCGAGGAUUGUCGAUGCCACUCAACGUGGAGAUGGAAACAAGUGUGGAGAAUUGGUUAAGAAGAUCAAGAACUGGGGCAAAGAAAGCGAACGUAACAAGCGUUGCGUUGUGGAAAACGGAACAGGUUGCAGUUUAUCAGCCACUUUCGAGUCUUUUGCCAGUGUUUCAUUGGAGAAACACAUGAAUCUAUUGCGGGAAAUUCUGUCAGUGUUGUCCUGGUUUUUCCCUUUGGGCGAAGAAGGCCGAUCCAAGCUGGUAUCCGAGUCUUCUUUACAUUGUAUUAUUUGGUUUUUGAGGAAUGGAGAUCUUUCUUCUAGACAGAAUGCCAUCUUAGUACUCAAGGAGCUUCUUUAUUCGGAUGAAACACAUGUAAUUUCAAAGACCUUGCUGGAGAUUGAAGAAGUUGUUGAAACUCUAGUUCAUUUGAUCAAGGAGCCUAUUUCCCCUACUGCUACAAAAGCUUCCCUCAUGGCUAUUUACUACCUGAUUACUUCAAUGGUGAGCAAUGGCAAGAUUACCUCCAGAUUUUUGGAGAUGGGUUUGGUUCCUGUGAUUGUAGAGAUCAUUGUUGAGGCUGAGAAAAGUGUUUGCGAGAAGGCUUUGGCCGUCUUGGAUGCUAUCUGCAACACUGAAAAAGGGAAGGAAGAGGCCUACAAGAAUGCUUUGAUUAUGCCUGUUUUAGUGAAGAAGAUUUUGAGGGUUUCAAAUUCGGCAACAGAGCUUUCACUGUCGAUUUUUUGGAAACUGUGUAAGAAUGAGAUAAUGAAGGAUGAAGAAAGUGCUAUAAUUGAUGCUAUUCAAUUGGGGGCUUUUCAGAAAUUGUUGGUAAUUUUACAGGUUGGAUGUGGUGAGACUACAAAGGAGAAGGUUACAAAGUUGCUAAAAUUGCUAAAUGUUUACAAGAACAGGGUUGAUUGUGUGGAUUCAUCAAUGGAUUUCAAGUAUCUCAAAAGACCAUUUUGAUUUACAUGAUACAAUUUGUCUUUAGAUUAGACCAAAAACCUGUAAAUAGAAAUUCAAUGAAAUUUUCAUUCAUUCUUUGAACAAACUAUGUUUUAUUUUUUGUUUAUCUGCAUUUAUUUUCUUUAUUUGCCAAAAUGGCUCAUGGCCAAGUUUUAACAAUCAUUUUUUCAAUAAUUUAUAGGGACAAGGAAUUU